GCGUCGGGUGCUGCCAAACGACGUCACCUUCCCGCGCCAGCCCUGGCAGCAGGCAUGGGAGAGGACUGGGGCAGGUGAUGCUGGCAGGAGAGCGCUGCUGGGUCUCUUCCUGAAUGAAUGACGGGGUUUUCCGUCUGUUUGUGGUGCCGGCUAAGGACCCAAAGUGAAUGCACCCCCUCCUUCGCCAAACUCCCUUCAACGUGAAUAAAAAGGUUUCCUUCUCCUUUGCCCUCUUGCUGCUUCAUCUUCCUGAGACUUGGAGGAAGGCAAGGAAAUCUUGAGCUCUUCUCUAUCUGCUCCUCCUUCCUCUUCUUCCUCAUCCUCUUCUUCCUGUUGCUCCUGCUUCUCCCUCUUCUUCCUCCACCUCCCUGUUCUUCCUUCUCUUCUUCCUGUUGUUCCUCCUCUUCCUCCUUCACCUCCUUGUUAUUCUUGCUUCUCCUCUUCCUCUUCUUCCUGUUUUUCCUCCUCUUCCUCCACCCUGCUGUUCUUCCUCCUCUUCUCUUCUUCUCCUCUUCUUGCUCCUCCCCUCUUCCUGUUGUUCCUCCUCCUGCCUCUUCCUCUUCUUCCCUAUUUUUCUCCUUUUCUUUCUGUUGUUCCUCCUGCCUUUUUUCCCUCUUCCUCCUAUUCUUCUUCCUCCACCUCGCUGUUCUUCCUCCUCUUCCCUCCUCUUCUCUCCUUCUUGCUCCUCUUCUUCCUGUUGUUCCUCCUCCUUCCUCUUCCUCUUAUUUUUCUUCCUCCUCCUCCUCCUCCACCUCCCUGUACCUCUUCCUUCUCAUCCUCCUCUUUUCCCUGUUCUUUUCCUUCCUCCUCCUUCACCCAAGAUGUCUUCAGCCUCCUCCCUUGCUGCCUCUCCUGCUGGACUGCACUCCUUCUGCCAUCAUGCUUGGGAGCAAGUCUUUGGCAAGGUCAAGCGGGCGGUUGUGUUCAUGGACUCUUCUUGUGCCGAGAGCCUCCACUGGGCCUGCGGUGGAGCAGGAAAGCUCUUCCAAGCCGGGGCUCUCAAUGUCAAGGAGUUCUCCAGCUUUGAGUCAGGCCAUGCGGAGCAAUCCAAGGCAGUUUUUGUGGUCAGCACCUUGCUGAAAGGCCGGACGGUGGAUGUCAUCCGUGACAUUGUGAGUCUCAGCAACUUCCAGUACUGUGUGGUUUUCACAGCGGUCAGCCACGCCGUCCACUUGCAGGCCCACGGUGCCCCCAGCAGUGCCGAGGCAGAAGGUGGCAGCCAAGUGGUCUUUGAGCAAUUCGAAGAAAAGCUCUGCCAAUGGAUGGGCAACAUGAACUACACGGCAGAGGUGUGGCACGCUCCCUUAUUCUUGGCACCCAUCUCACCACACCUCUUGGUAGCACCUGCCUUUUCAUGCCUUUUCCCCCUAAUGGGUCAAGAUUUGUCGCAGAUCAAUAGUACUAGGCCAGAGAAGAAGAAAUUUGCUCACUUGAUCGAUGUUGACUUCUCGUCGCUGUCUUCAGAGCUGCAGCUUGAGAUCAGGUCGUUGGUGUCUGAUUUAAACAGCUUGUUUGAGUCACUCAGUGUCAGGGAAGAAUGUUUUGCGAUUGGAGCAAUGAGCAGGAUCAUUGCAGGGGAUCUGGCAAGUUAUUCCCAGGCUAAGGCCAGAAGGAAAAUGGCACAAAAUAAAGCUUCUCUCAUCUUUGUAGACAGGACUUUAGAUUUGACAGGAACAGUUGCUCAUCACGGUGACAACUUAGCAGAGAAGAUUCUCUCUGUGCUUCCUAAACUUCAGGGACAUAGGAAUGACGUCAUGGUCAGCAUGCUGGAACUCACAAGCCUUCAGACUGAUGAUGCCAGCUGCAAUAUUAUAGCACCAGGUUGCUUGGCACAACCAAAUGAUCCAGCUGCUAAAGCUCUGUGGGAGUCCUUAAUGAAUCUCAAGCAGAAAGAAGCUGUGAUGGAAGUGAGGAGACAUCUAGUGGAAGCGGCAAGCAGAGAAAGUUUGCCAAUCAAGAUGAGCAUGGGUAGGGUCACCCCAGAACAGCUCAGCUCAUACAUCCAACUCUUUAAAACAAAUGGUCAAGCUCUUGAGAACCACUGUGGGUUUCUACAAAUCGCACUGGCUGUCAUACAGACACUGAAACAUCCUCAAAGUGCUAAAUGGGACAACUUCCUAGCCUUUGAAAGGCUACUUGUGCAGAGUAUUGGAGAGUCAGCAUUACCAGAUGUUCUGAAGCAGUUGCUACCUAUCAUCAAGUCUCAUGAUAACAGGACAGAUGAUGAUUACACUCCUGAAGAUCUCCUUGUGUUACUAGUUUAUAUUUAUUCCAUAGUUGGAGAAAUUAAAACUGGAAAAGAAUUAGAUGAGGCCGAAGGACAAGUAAAGGAAGCCCUUGUCCAAUCUCUUUGUGAUGAGCCUGAACUAUCAACCUUACUGCAGAAAAUAACAGGUUGUGAAUCGGCUCUUGAUCUGACAUUUCAGAAGGCCGUGCCCAUAGUGAAUGGCAUCUUUAAGGUCCUCAGGGAUGUUACGAGAGCGCGGACACAUAUGAAACAGUUUAAUUCUGUACAUAUCCCAGGAAGUCAUACCCAACAGGCAACCUAUAAACCCUUGUUGAAGCAAGUGGUGGAAGAGAUAUAUAAUCCUGAUCGGCCUGACCCUGUUGAUAUUGAACAUAUGUCUUCUGGGCUCACGGAUCUUCUGAAGACAGGAUUCAGCAUGUUUAUGAAGGUGAGCCGGCCACACCCUGGUGAUCAUUCUCUCAUCAUCAUCUUCAUGGUUGGCGGAGUGACCGUUUCUGAAGUCAGAAUGGUGAAAGACCUUGUAACUGCACACAAGCCUGGAGUACAGGUAAUUGUGCUCUCCACAACUCUCCUGACGCCGCUUAACAUUCUGGAGUUGCUGUUUGCCACAGACCGUCUCCAACCAGACAUUGGGAUCUGACAAGCAGAGGACCUGUCACAGAAGAUGAUCAUCUCUCCACUCCAAUGUCACACUCUUGCAGAACACAUCAAACUUGUUCCCUUCUGUCCCUUUAGAUAUUCUUACAAAAAUGAAAUCCCCACAAAUUACCCACGACCUUGAUUUUGACAUUACGGAAAUUGCUUUGAUAGCUGUCUGCAAAGUAGCUACACAAGGAGAGUACUUGGAAAUCCGUUCAUUUCUUUAGUGGCGUCAAAUUAACAUUGAGGUCCUCUUUAUACAAUAAUGCUGCAUUGAGCUGAAAUCCUUUCUCUUCUGCUGACUGAUAUAAGUUACUCUUUCUGGCUGCUAUGUAGGUGGGAAACUUUCAUAGGAGUGUUGCAGAACAAUUAUAGAAAACUACAGCAACUUGUAUUUUUAAGUGAGCUUUUCUCCAGUUUUUUUGUAGUAUGUGCUUUUUAGGCCCCUUCUACGCUGCAAUAUAAAACCCAGAUUAUCUGCUUUAAACUGGAUUAUAUGGCAGUGUAGACUCAGAUAAUCCAGUUCAAAGCAGAUAAUGUGGAUUGUCUGCUUUGAUAAUCUGUAUUAUAUGACAGUGUAGAAGGGGCCUCAGUUGGGUUGAGCAGGUCUUCAGAAAAAAAAUACCAAGUCUACCGAAGCACCAAAUAUAUUAUUAAAUGCAUAUGUCCUUGAUGAAACAUAUAUCUUAACGUCUUCUUCAUAAUCUUAUUAUUUGGGAUAUGUUGCUUCAAAUAUUGGGUAGAUUUUCUAGUGGUAGGCAUAAAAUGAAAGGGGCUGACAAUUGUUUUCUAACAAUUCUCUAUCUCCUAUUAAUCCAAUGCAAAGUCACUCUCCCAGCUGGUGCUCUGUAAGUGCUACCCCAUCUACUCAGGCCCCAUCUGUAUUACCAUAUUUUAUUUAUCAUGUCAGAAGCAAACCGAGGAUACAAGUUGUAAUGUAUUUGAAAAUACAAAGUUAAAAAAACACAACAAGAACAACAUGGCAUUAUACUAAAUGUCCUUUGACCAAUAGCUGGCCACUAGGAGUUCCUCUGGUGUUGCAAUAAGAAGGUUCUCCAUUGUGCAUGUGGCAGGGCUCAGACUCCAUUGUAAAAGGUGGUGUGUGGUUUGCUCUUCUCCACACUCUCAUGUCAUAGACUCCACUUUGCCAUAUACAAUCCAUAAUCCUAUUCAAAGCAGAUAUGUGAAUUAUCUGCUUUGAUAAUCUAGAUUAUACAGCAGUGUAGAAGAGGCCUCAGAAGAUGAAAGUGUGGCUUUUGGUUGAUAACUAGGCAUUACAAUAUUAUCCCAGUAUGGUUGAUUUCAUGGGGAUUGGAUAGGCAAGUAUCAAAAUGAAGGUGUGUGAUUCCUUUAGAACUGUGGUUCUCAACCUGUGGGUCCCCAGAUGUUUUCGUCUUCAACUCCCAGAAAUCCUAACAGUUGGUAAACUAGCUGGGAUUUCUGGGAGUUGUAGGCCAAAACACCUGGGGACCCACAGGUUGAGAGCCAUUGCUUUAGAAGUUUCAGAAAUAAACCCUCCCAGGGGCUGGUCACUGGACCCCUAGUUUAUCUGUUCAGUAACAUUGAGUCCCCAGUGGCGCAGUGGAUUAAACGGCUGAGCUGCUGAACUUGCUGACCAAAACGUCGGCGCUUCAAACCUGGGGGUUGGGGUGAGCUCCCGCUGUUAGCCCUAGCUUCUGCCAACCUAGCAAUUUGAAAACAUGCAAAUGUGUGUAGAUCCAUAGGUCCUGCUCCGGCAGGAAGGUAACAGUGCUCCAUGUAGUCAUGCUGGCCACAUGAUCUUGGAGGUGUCUAUGGACAACACCGACUCUUGGGCUUAUAAAUAGAGAAGAGCACGAACCCCCAGAGUCAGACACAACUAGACUUAAUGUCAGGGGAAAACAUUUAUCUUUUAAAAUUGAGUGAUGAAACUACUCCUGGUCCUUAGCAUUUCAAAACAAAUACUUCCUACUUAGAAAACGCAGGUCAGACAAAAAGGGUUCUGUCUAGCAUUCCUGAUGCCCUGAUUUUCUGUCUAAAUGAAGCCUCCCUUUCCUAGUCCAUUGAAUAUUAUGGCCUUAGAGCUUUACUCAUCCCAAAAUACAGAACAAUAUGUUAAUUAUUCUGCCCCAUCUCUUGCCACCAAAGGUGAACCAUCUUUGAGUCCUCUGAGGAUAUUCCAGCCACAAAUGGGAGUAUUGCCAGGCUGCCUGGGGGUUUACUCAAUGGAAUAUGAAUGUGUCUUUACUUUGCAUUUUCUUUCUUUCCAUUUAUAUAAGGAGCAGAUUGUAGAAAGAUAUAAUGCCAAGGCUAUGGCUAAUCAUUUUCUUGGAGUUUAGUUUCUGAAUGACAGCGGUGAACAGCUAGGUUGGCAUAUGUCGUGUUUUCAAAACUAACAAGCUGGGAUAUUGUGUACUUUAUUAUUGUACAUUUGAUUUUACUUUAAGCAAGUAGCAAUAUUUUUGUUGAAGUUCGAAGUUGAGGGAUAUAGCUAGAUACUUGCCUUUAUUAGCCUAACCCAGUGGUUCUCAACCAGUGGGUCCCCAGAUGUUUUGACCUUCAACUCCUAGAAAUCCUAAUAUCUGGCAAAUUGGCUGGGAUUUCUGGGAGUUGUAGGCCAAAACCCCUGGGGACCCACAUGUUGAGAACCACUGGUCUAACCCAUUCCAGCAGCCUUUUGUUUUUGACAAAAUGUUACCAAGGCCAUUAACAGAUGCAGGUUGUCCUUUUUAGAAAGGCUUUUCAUUGUGUGGCCAUCUAAAUUUGACUGUAAUGUGACACAGAAAAGAACAAAGGCGUACUUUGGAAACAUUACUCAGAGAAAGAGAGGCACCUUUGUGUGUUUACCCAUAGCGAUAUUCAUUGGAUGUGCUGUCAGUGUGCCACGUAUGAUAGAUGGAUGACAAAUGAGCCAAAGCUAUUUAUCUAAUCUGCUUAGGGAGGAAAAGCAAAAGGUAGCAGUUUCCAUGGUUACCAUUCCAUUUCUUCCACAUUGUGUUAAUCGAGUCUAUUUUGAGUAUGUUUUUUCAAGCAAGAAAUCAUGCAUAGCACAGAAACCAUGCCUGUCACUGAUGUCUUCUUGUCAAACGGUGGUGGGUUUCCUUAGAUGAACCGAUCUUCUGUAAGGGUGCAAUGUGUUCAUAGUUGGCAUCACUCUGCUAUGGAAGUUUUGAAGCAGAACUGUGUGGAUGGAUUAACUCCAUCCUCCUUGAAGGAGUAUUCCUUUACAGUGCUUAGUCUGACACUUAACUUGAAGUGACAAAAUAGAAGAGUGCCGAUUCACAAAACCAUAGUAUAUUGCAUGUCCACAGGAUACUGCACCAUGCGCAACUCAUGCAAAACUUCCAAAGGAUCUAUUACCUUACAUCAGUGGUUCUCAACCUAUGGGUCCCAGAUGCUUUGGCCUUCAACUCCCAGAAAUCCUAACAGGUGACCAAAAAGUCACCUUUUUCUGGCUGCGAUUUCUGGGAGUUGUAGGCCAAAAUACCUGGGGACCCACAGGUUGAGAAGCACUGCCUUACAUUAAUAAUCCCCAAAAGGCAGAUUUGUGUCUUAAUUGUGGCAUCUCAGUGUGGUAUAGCAAAAAGAGCCCUCUGCUUAAGAUGGGAGAUAUCACUCUGUUGUUACUAAUGUUACCAAGAGCAACUCAAUGAUGGUGUAGUACAGUGGGUCCCCAGAUGUUUUGGCUUUCAACUCCCAGAAAUCCUAACAGCUGGUAAACUGGCUGAAAUUUCUGGGAGUUGUAGGCCAAAACACCUGAAGACCAACAGGUUGAGAAUCACUGGUGUAGUAUAAAGAUGAGCAAAGUGUGUCCUACCGAUGUUGGUCUGCGUUCAUCAUAAUCGGUUAUUCUGGAAAAUAUGUGGCAACACCUGGAGGGCCUCACUUUGCCCACCAUUGCUCAAAUAUCUCCAAAAAGUACCACGUUUUUGGAACAGAGCAAAGAAAGCUACACUUUGUAAUACUGGAUCUCCAAAGUUAUAUGAUUUCACAGGAGGCAAAUGGAGAGAGGGGGCAAAUGAGAAGUGGUUUUGCACAAGCAUUCCUACAGCUGUUGUAUCCUGGAAGAGGCAAGAACUAAUUGAACCUCCCUGGUGGUACAGCAGGUUAAACCGCUGAGCUGCUAAAGUUGCUGACCAAAAGGUCAGCAGUUUGAAUCCGGGGAGCGGGGAUGAGGUCCCACUGUUAGCCCCAGCUUCUGCCAACCUAGCAGUUUAAAAACAUGCAAGUGUGAGUCAAUCAAUAGGCAUCGCUUCUGCGGGAAGGUAACUGUGUUCUACGCAGUCGUGCCGGUCACAAUCUUGGAGACGUCUACAGACAUCACCAGCUCUUCGGCUUAGUAAUGGAGAUGAGCACCAUCCCCAGAGAUGGACAUGACUAGACUUAAUGUCAAGGGGAAACCUUUACCGUUAGUGAUACCACAUUCACAUGUAUGGUCAGUGAUCUAACCAACGUCUCUAAAUUCUCCUGUGACUUUUUCAUGCCUUUCAGCAGCAUGGGCUUUGCUAUCGCCAUCUGAUUGUUUUGACUUUGGAGCAACUGCAGAUGAAAACACAGCAAUCAUAUGAGAAAACAUUGUUUAAUUAUGAAACAAAUUUUUGAAGUUGUGUUCUAUGUAAGUUGCUAUCAGUAAAAAAAAUAAAUUACAGCUUAAAGAAAGAA